GACACGUAGAAGAAUUCCAAGUAAAAACGGAGACAAACAUUUUCAUCAAAAUAACAGAACACUAUAAGAUUUUAGCCAUGCCGAUUCGCCGUGCAGCUGGGACCGCACCCCAGGAACAGGCACCUCCCGCAAAGGCACCUGAGGGAGAGCCAGAUGCCAGCUCUGAGGAGUCUGCCUCGGUGGAGGAGCAGGAGGCUCCUGCUCCAGAGCCUGUAGCCCAGGAGGAGCAGCAGCCAGCUGAGGAGGGAGCAGGCAAGUCAGGGAAUGAGGAAGAGGGUGAAGGGGAAGCCAAAGAGGAUGGUGAGAAAACUACUCCUGAGGAAGAAAAAACUGAAGAUGAAGGUGCAGAAAAACAGGGGAAGAAAAAGAAGAAGUCUAAGGAAGCAGACAAGAAGGAUAGUGAAAAAGAGGGAGGAGAUGACAAAGUGAAAAAAGUGAAGAGGACCAUUCCUGCCUGGGCCACCAUGUCUGCCAGCAGACUUGCAAUGGCUCGAAAAAGUGUCGCUCUGAUCCAACCCAAACCUGAGGACAUCCUCAUAGAAGCUAUUCAGAACUGUAAGGAGAAGUCAGGCGCUUCCAUCUUCACCAUUAUAAAGUACAUCACUAAGAAGUACUCUCCCUCAGGUAUGGACAAGAGGAAGGCCAUUUACAAGAAGGCACUUAAGCGACUGGUGGAAAAGGGAGUCGUAAAGCAGCUGAAAGGGAAGGGCUUCUCAGGGAGUUUCACCAUUGGGAAGCUGCCAGCGAGCUCCACCAAUAAGAAACAAGAGUCGGACCACGGGUUGAAGGGGAACUUGGGUGAUACACUUCCCCUGAUCAUCACUCGACUGUGUGAGCCCAAAGAGGCCUCCUACCCCCUCAUCAAAAAGUAUCUGGAGCAGCACUUCCCUCAGCUCAAUGUGGAGAGCAGGCCAGACCUGCUGAAGAGUGCAUUACAGAGGGCUGUGGACAAGGGUCACCUGGAGCGCAUCACUGGCAAGGGAGCCUCUGGAACAUUCCAGCUAAAACGAAAUCGUGACAAAUCAACAAUGAACAGAGGGAUCUUGGAAGAUGCUAUUACCACUGCCAUUACUGCUAUGAAUGAGCCCAAGUCCUGCAGUAUCAGCACACUUCGCAAAUUCCUGGUGGAGACUUAUAAGGAUGCAAAAACACAUAUCAUUGUGUCCAACCUGAAGAGAACCCUGGAGAAGUGUAAGAUGAUGGGCUGGAUGGAGCAGAUCAGUGGCCAUGGGCUUAGUGGAUCCUACCAGCUCUCCUACCCAUACUACCCAAGCCCUGCCAUCCUUUUUCCAGAGAUGAUGGCAAAACUUAACCAGAAAGAGGCUCAAAAGCUCAAGCGCAAAAAAGCAAGAGAGGAGUCAUCAGACGAGGAAGAGUCUGAGGAGGAAUCAGAAGAAGAUGAGCCCCCCCCUAAGAGGAAACAACAGAAAAGGCCUGUACCCAAAGCACGUCAUCCUUCUCCCAGCAAGAAGACAAAGGUUAGCGGCAAAAAACCUCCCCCAGCUAAAAGGCCAGCAGCUUCGGCUAAGAAAGCUGCUCCACCAGCUAAGAAAUCAGUUCCUCCUGCCAAGAAGUCAGCAGAGAGCAAAGCAGCCCCUGCUAAGAAGGUACCUCCACCAACUAAAGCCACACCAGUCAAGAAAGCUGUUCCUGUGAGCAAACCUAAAACACCUAUUGCCAAAAAGAUGACAAGCAGGGUGUCUAAGAGGCCACCUCCCAAAAAGUCUGGGAAAGCAGCAGCUGAAUCUGCUGUAAAAGCCAAGGCAGCUGCUCGCAAGUCUCUCAGAGCCAGAAAAUGAGCUCCCUAACAGGUGAAAGUGUAACUGUAGCGCUUUAGACUGCAGUGCUUUGGUAUUUUCUCUUUUUUUAUUGCUUCAUUAUUCACCCUCUCUUGGGAUAUGAUGAAUACAUGUGCAGUCAGUUUAUG